AUGGCUAGCAAAAAUAAGAACACAGCUAGGAAGCGAUCUUGCGGCGCAUAUUCACCAGCAACGGUGGAGAGCAGUACGAAGCAGAUAGGAAAUGCCACAGGAAGUAUUAACUCGUCGCUACCCUCUCUCGCGGAACCUCGCACGCCGUCAAGAAAAACCAAGGUUGCGAAAAGGGUCCGGUUUUCGGACCCCGGCCCUCCCGUUGAGUCUCUAUCUAGUUAUCUAGAUAAAGAUUUGUCAACCGGCUUAACCCCAGCAAUUAAGCGGACGAGAAUUGAUUCAGAGGAUUCCCCAUCCUCUAAAGAAACUAACGCCAAAAGAGCGCGUCGUCGUCGCUCAGAGCCUACUCCGCGAACCGACAGUGAUGGGGUAAAAUAUGAGUGCCCAGAGCUGCCAUCUGAGACGCAAACUUUCCAGUUUUUGUCGUGUAGUGCAAUUCUUGAUCCCAGGGCUAGACGACGCAUUGCGCGGUUUGGACUAAGUGAAGAGAUGAAUUGCAUUAUUGAAAGGAAGAGGGAAAAGGAGAAAGAGGAAAAGGCUAAAGAAGAAGAACUGAUGAACCUCCGCCGAGAAUUAAGCGCCUUAAGAGAUGUGAAAACCGAAGCUCAAGACGACCGUAUACCCCGUACCCCGGAAAGAAUUAAAGAGCUUUCUAUGGCGAGACAAAGGAUUGAGGAAUUAGAGGCGCUGUUGAGGACGUAUGAGGGUUCGUCACAUGCAGAGACUGAAUGGAUGUCCCAAACUGCAAACGAGGAUCACGAGAUGAUAUUUAUUGGAGACGACAUUACCAUUAUGGACAACGAGAUGCUCACCACUUCAUCCAGCCCCAUUCCCUCCCGCGUUUCUUCGAGUCAUUUACUCACUUCAGACGCGUCAACACAGGUUGCUCUUCAAGACCAGGAGCAGCAAGCGGAGAACAACUCGCUAAAUGCUCAACUCCGUAAUAUGAGACAGGAAAAACGCGCCCUUUUCAAAGAAUGGCGCGCAAUUGUUGGCUCCAAUGAAGUAGGUACUCGCGACCGAAAUCCUAUUGACAGCUCUCUAUAUAGUCCAGCUUCGCCUCCACCAAACUUUUUAUCGCAAAUCGCCACUACCUUACGCAAAGCCGUAUCUCGAGAAUCUCGAGCUCUCAAAACGCUCGAAACCGUGGCGAAAGACCUCUCUGGCCAUGGAUUUAAUGGUACUAGUGCCUCGGAAAUACUCUCGGAUAUGGGCGCCCGAUUUCGUCAAGCCAGACUCGAACUCGAGCGAGCCGUGCCUGUCCGGGAUCUUGCGUCAACCCGUGAACAGGUUUCUGGUUGUGAAAAUCGGGAAGUAGCGUUACGAAACCAGUUCAACAUGACUUUACAUCGCUUGGAGCAGACAGGUAAAAAGAACAAAAGCCUUGAAGAAGCCAGCGACUCCAUGGCAGCGGACCUGAUGCAUGUUCGGAUGAAAACGCAAAAAUUAGAGCAAGAUAUAGAGAUCUUGGAAACUGACAAAACCCGCCUAAACAACGCCAUUGAAAGAUAUAGAGUCGAUCUCAAGAUCCUGGAAGAGCUCAAUAUGAAACUAGAAGAUGACACUCUCAGUUCCAUGGAAAAGGCUUCUAGUCUCAGAAGAGCGAACUCGGCCUUAGACGGUCAGAACGAGCUGUACAAGCAAAGGAUCAUAGAUCUUGAACAAAGUGAGCUUGAUCAGCGAGCCAUCAGGGAAGAGAUGCAGCGGCUACUGGACCAACGCACAACGGAGUUAACGGCCCUCGAAUCGAAAAUUGAACAACUUAAAUCCGAACAUCAUGAAGCGAUCGUUUCCCAAUCAUGCAGUCAUGAGAAACAAAUGGGCGCAAUAAACGUUCGUGUUUCGUUGCUUACCAACGCGUUGAAUGAAGCCCAGUCAGAAAUACAAACACUUCGUGCGGACAAGGCGCGUUUGCAAUCUCGACUAAACUCCCUACAACAAUUAUUUUCUCGGGAAACCAUUCAUGCGGCUAGAGAAAGAGCUGCUGCCACUGCUCAGGAACUCAUGGAAUGGGAACGGAAAAUGUCUGCUUUAUAUGGCGGCGGCAUUGGUAGUCCCCAGAGCCUGCAAGUUCGACAAAAUGAUAACUCUGGCGACAAUGAACACUGUAGCACCCCGAAAGGCGAUACGGCUGGGUUUGCACCUGUUGGGAGCGAGCCGAUUACACCUUCUUGCGACAGAUUUGUGAAUGUAGAGAUCCAGCGGGGGAAGAAAAGGAAGAGGCGGCCGGAUUCUGCGAUUGAGAUUGUGGAAGAAGAGGAGGAGGGUGAGGAUGGUUUUGAGGAUUCUGGAAUCGCGGACAAGUCUUAG